AUGAAAUUAUGGAACACAGAAACGGAUUGCUCUGCUCUAAAGAUGGACCACAACAUGACUGGGAUGAUGGACAUGGUUAUCCAUUUUCGGGAAAGAGAAAUUAUUCUUUUCUCCUUUUGGAAAACAGGGACAAUUUCAGAGAUGGCCGUAUCUAUGUUUAUUUCAUUUCUUCUUUGUGUAUUGUACGAAGCAAUCAAAGGGUUCCGCCUGUUUCUUGCCAUCACCCACAUGAAGCCACGGCUCAAUGUUAGCGCCUCGCAAUCUCCGUUGACAGACUCAGGAGGCGAUAACGUUCCUCAAGAUUCUAUAUCGUUUUCCCCUAUGAUUCAUGGCACAGGCUUCAGCCUUACACGACGUGUGUUUUCUGGACAUCGGAUGGUGCAAGCCAUACUGGUCAAGGUCAGCGUGGUGAUGGGACACAACCCUCCCGAAUACGACCUCACGUCCCGUUCGGUGGCUAACAGAAGCAAAGAAACCUCAAGUAGUAGAAGAAGUAAAUUUGCUGAAAUGUUGAAGUAUUGGUAUUGA